GGAAUUAGUUGUUUUUCUUCUCUCAUUGCUUCUUCUGCUGUCAUUCAUCUUUUUUCAGGUUGGAGUCGCCGACGCCAAACGCAACCAACUUGUGACUUGUGAGAGAGUUGGAAACACUUAACAAAAUGGCUGCCAAAACAUCAAACUCAGUUGCUCUUCUUCUCUCCUUGUUUCUUCUGCUUUUAUUUGUUUCCUCACAAGUUGGAGUAGCCAAAGCCAACCGCCACCUACGUAACAAACUGCGUUUGGAUUGCGAUUACAAUCUUUCUCCUCCUCCUCCCAUGGCACCUCCAAUAUUUGUACCACCUUCUAGAUCAUCCAAAGGAAGAGGCCCAUAAACAAUCUUCGUUUUGCUCAAGUAACUGAGAAGAAGUGUGAUCAAGAUUAUACAGUGUGAAAGAAGAACGAUCAACAUUAUGUUAAAAGAACCAAACGAAGAAGAAAAGAAAAACAAUAACAAUGAAAAAGUCAAGAUUAAUAUGUCUCAUACAAGUUUGGACGACCUUUUCAGAUCAUGUUGGAUUAUAUAUAUAAAUCAUAUAGUUUGUAUCUAUGAUUAUGUGUGUAUGCUAUAUAUAAUAAAGUA